AUGUAUCAACGCACACUCCUUUUCUCUGCCAUGGCGGCAGCUGCUAGUGCUCAGCAGGUUGGCACGCAGAAAACCGAGACCCACCCCUCUCUUACCUGGCAGACAUGCACCUCCUCCGGCUGCACGGAUCAGUCUGGCUCUGUGGUCGUGGACGCCAACUGGCGCUGGGUCCACUCGGUUAACGGCACCACUAACUGCUACACUGGCAACACGUGGGAUGCCACUCUUUGCCCCGACGAUGCCUCCUGCGCUACCAACUGCGCCGUGGAUGGAGCGGACUACUCCGGCACCUACGGUGUUACUGCUAGCGGUAGUUCCUUGUCGCUGGACUUCGUCACUGGCUCCAACAUCGGAUCUCGUCUGUAUCUCAUGGAGGACGAGAACACGUAUCAGAUGUUCAAGCUGCUCAACCAGGAGUUCACCUUCGAUGUGGAUGUGUCCAACCUGCCCUGUGGCCUGAACGGUGCUCUGUACUUUGUCGCCAUGGAUUCUGACGGCGGUUUGUCCAAAUACGAGAACAACAAGGCCGGCGCCAAGUACGGCACUGGAUAUUGUGACUCGCAGUGCCCUCGUGACCUGAAGUUCAUCAACGGCCAGGGCAAUGUUGACGGCUGGGUUCCCUCCGAGAACGACCAGAACGCCGGUGUUGGCAACCACGGCGCUUGCUGUGCCGAGAUGGAUAUCUGGGAGGCGAACAGCAUCUCUACUGCUGUGACCCCCCACCCCUGCGACACCGCCGGCCAGACUAUGUGUGAGGCUGACGCGUGCGGUGGCACUUAUUCCUCUAGUCGCUACGCCGGCACCUGCGACCCCGAUGGCUGCGACUUCAACCCCUACCGCAUGGGCAAUGAGAGCUUCUUCGGCCCCGGCAAGACCGUCGACACCAACUCCAAGAUGACAGUUGUCACCCAGUUCGUCACCAGCGACGGUACUGACUCAGGAACCCUCUCGGAGAUUAAGCGUAUCUACGUGCAAAAUGGCAAGGUGAUUGCCAACUCAGCCUCGGACGUGAGCGGUGUCUCAGGUAACUCGAUCACGUCGGACUUCUGCACUGCCCAGAAAACUGCUUUCGGCGACGAGGACAUCUUCUCGCAGCACGGCGGUCUGUCCGGCAUGGGCGAUGCUCUGUCCCAGGGCAUGGUUCUGGUUAUGAGUUUGUGGGAUGACCACUACGCCGACAUGCUCUGGCUUGACAGCAACUACCCCACCAACGCCAGUGCCACCGACCCUGGUGUUGCCCGUGGUACCUGCAGCACUGACUCUGGCAAGCCCGCCACCAUCGAGUCUGAGUCUGCCUCUGCCAACGUUAUAUUCUCCAACAUCAAGGUUGGCCCGAUUGGGUCUACUUACUCUUCCUAG